AUGGAUGGUACAAACACAAAGAAGAAACGAUUACGACGAUUUAGAAGACGACGACCCAAGGAACACAUUGCUGAAUUUAGAUCUGAUGUUGUUGGUAUCAUGUUUUUAGAAAUCUGUCAUGCCAAUGAUUUACCUCCAGAAAGAAAUGUGACUCGAACAAGCUUUGAUAUGGAUCCCUUUGUGAUUGUGACAUUUGGUGCAUCUACCUUCCGAACAAGAUCUAUUAGACACAAUUUGAAUCCAGUGUGGAAUGAAAAACUCUUUUUUCAUGUUCGACAUCAUGAAUCUAACUAUAAACUCAAAUUCGCACUUUAUGACAGGGACAAAUUCUCAGGCAAUGACUUGGUAGCAUCACAACAAGUACCUAUUAUUGAUAUUAUUGAACAAUCCAAAGAACGAAGACGUAAUCAGCUCUCAGAAUCUUACCAAGCUUUAUCACCCGAUGCUAUUGAUGUGGAUAUGGAUCUCAAUACGAUCGCUUUGAAAAUGUUUAAAGAAGAUAAAUGGCAAAACAAGCAUCAACCAACUUUGACCUUACGUGCCAAAUUCGUACCUUAUGUGGAAAUUCGAAAAAUGUUUUGGUUGGCGUUGGCAAAAACAUAUGAUAUUGAUGAAAAUGGAACCAUGAGCAAGCUGGAAGUACAGGCCAUGUUGGAAAGUUUAGGCUCUACCAUUACUGAAGCAACUCUAGAUGACUUUUGGCGACAGCAUGGCAAGGAUCCUAACAAUGAAUCGGAUGAAAUCUCUAUGGAUGAUCUUGCGCAAAGUUUGGAAGAUUUUAUGCUUUCAUCGGUGACUGAUGAUGAUGAAAUCAUUGUUGACGAUGAUGAUCUGGAAGCACUACAAGAAGCACAAGGUAUUCAAUUCAUGGGAUCAUCAUCACCUACUCGACUAGAAAUAUCUGAUUCCUCUGGAAAUACAUCGGACGCUAUGCAACCUUCAUCUUUACCGACAUCUCUCAACACCACUACUCAACCAAUGCCAGUAUACCCUCAACAAAAGGUUAAAACAACAAUGGUUCAUCAACAACAUGAAAAAGUAAUUCGAUUAACCGAAUGUCCUAUUUGUCAUCGACCUAAUCUUUCACGACGUGCUCAAAUGGACAUUGUUACUCACGUUGCUACAUGUGCGGCAAACGAUUGGACAACAGUAGAUCGGUUUUUAAUGGGCAAUUUUAUCACGGAACAGUAUGCUCAAAGAAAAUGGUUUGUCAAAUUGGUCAGCAAAGUUGGUUAUGGAAAAUAUGCUCCUGGAAGGAAUAAUGCAAAUAUUAUUGUCCAAGAUAGGAAAAGUGGUCAGUUGAUUGAAGAACGAAUGAGUGUUUAUAUUCGACUUGGCAUGCGUCUGGUAUACAAAGGCAUGAAGACUGGAAUUCAAUCAAAAACAGCCAAACGAGUCUUAGCCAAUAUGACAGUUCGACAAGGAAAACGAUUUGACUCCCCACAAAGUGCACGCGAAAUCCCAGCAUUUAUCAAAUUCCAUCGUCUAGAUAUGUCAGAAGUGUUAGAACCAUUGGACCAUUUCAAAACAUUCAAUGAAUUCUUUUAUCGAAAACUGAAACCUGAUGCUCGACCUUGUGAAUAUCCUGAUGAUCCCAAGGUAGUUGUGAGUCCGGCAGAUUGUCGUAUGAUGGCAUUCCAAACAAUAGAUCAAGCAACCAAGAUAUGGAUCAAGGGAUUGGACUUUACUGUUGCAAAACUAUUGGAUGAUGUCAACUAUGCUCGACAUUUUGAAGGUGGUUCGUUGGCUAUUUUUCGUUUAGCUCCUCAAGAUUAUCACCGAUUCCAUAUUCCAGUCGAUGGAGUGAUUACAGAAACGAAACAUUUGGAAGGUCAAUAUUAUACGGUGAAUCCUAUGGCUAUUCGGACCACAUUGGAUGUAUAUGGAGACAAUGCAAGGUCGAUUGUACGUAUGGACACUGAACAAUUUGGCAAGGUGGCAAUUGUAUGUAUUGGGGCAAUGAUGGUUGGAUCAAUUAUCUUGACGGCAGAAACGAAUGUACCAUUAAGACGUACUGAUGAAUUGGGUUAUUUCGCCUUUGGUGGAAGCACUUUGGUGGUUAUCUGGGAAAAAGACGCUAUCCAGAUGGAUCAAGACUUGUUGGAGAAUUCGGAAAAAUCUUUGGAAUCUUUGGUCAGAGUUGGUGAAAGAAUAGCUUCUGCAUCUACUAUCCCUUCCCCUUCCAUGGCUUCCUCGACUGCUUCUUCUCCAUGA